GCCUUUGGAAAAGCGGGUCUUUCCUCCUCUCGCGGAGUUCAAGCGCGUCGUGCGAGGUUUAGGUUUUACAAAAGCAAAAGACCUGAAGGCAUGGCUGCGCUCUGGAGAACGUCCAGUCUUGUUCCCGAAGUAUCCGCAUCUCGCGUAUAAAGGGCAAGGAUGGAUUUCGCAUCUGGAAGCGAUAGGAAAGCCCCGCGCACAGCACGAGGCGAUCCCGGCAGAGACAUUGAGCGCGAUGGUCGGCAAGAGGGAAUUGCAGCAUUCUGCAUCUUCAACUAGUCAUCAAGAUUGGAAGUUGAGACGUGCAGACGCUGCGAUUGCGUGGGUCGAAGGGCUGCUCGCUGAGUUCGGGUGCGAGACGCGGAGGUUGCCACGGCGGUCGCAGGGAACGUUACUAGUCAGAGCCCAGGAGCCAAGCAACGACGCGGUGAAGAAUGACGACACCGCUAGAGUUGAUGAAGAGGACGAUGAAAAACCUUUGUGGAGGGCGUUGCAAGUUCGUUGUAACACAUACGAGGGGAAGACGCGAACGGUGCUCGCUUCGCAGAAGCGUAUGUCGACGGAUAUUGGAAUGGUGGUGGUGAAUCAUCUAGAAGAGCAGGCACGGGUGCUGCACUUGGGAUCGGUGAAGCUUCGGAAGGCACGAUCUGGUCCUCGCGUGUUGCACUGCUUCUCUCUGCCGUAUCUUCGAUGCAUCCGUGGAACCGAAGGUCGGUCGGAGCUUCUGAGAGAGUUGCAGGAGGUCCUUGGACUGCUGCGGCCCAGGUCCCGAAGUGAGUGGUUGGCCGAGCUGCCGGGAAGCGUGGCUACGAAGCGGUGGCAGGGGCUGUGUAAGCAGCUUGCGGAGAAAGUGAUUGUUCCCGCAGGCUUUGCAGACGAACCUUGCGCGCAGUUUUUCAACAAUACCUACGACUUCACGAUUGAAGGCCGCAAAUGCGUGCUUCGUUGGUCAACAAUGGUUCCGAAUUUUCGGAAUUACCCUCGAAUCAGCUUUAAGCGAACUCGCAUGGUCAACGGCCGGUCUGUUCUGAUUCCUUUGGGCAAUGUCGAGGACUUCGACUUCUUGUUUGCUCUCUUGAGCACUGCAGAUGGAGUGCUUGCAGGUCUCUUCGUGUUUCCUCGUUGUUAUCUCGUGAAAUGGGCGGUUUGUGCACAGAACUUCGCUGGAGGACAGACAGGAAUGACUCUCUACCCUCCGGUGGAACACGACGUGGUGGCUCCUGUACGUUCGAAGCGGCAGCAGGCGGACGAGCAGCGGGAAUUCUUCAUUGACCUAAAAUGGUUACAGAGUGUGUAUAGCACAGAUAUAUUGCUUAGCCAGAAUGACAAAGACACUACCGCAAGUUCCGCAGCCCUAGCAAAGUUUCGAAAAAUCAUCCUUGCCAAUUAUGACGUUAAGAAUGUAAGACACGAUCACGAAAGGGAUAAGCCCAAAGGCAAUAAUAUACACUAAACUUCUGAAUCUGAUGAGCAACAAGGUUGAAGAAAUGUAUGGGCAUGAAUGGGCAGCAAUACGAUUAUUUUAGAGCCCUUUCACGCUGAAGC